AUGUUGCUCCACCAGGGACAAGGUGCACAUGGCCAGAAGAACACGUCACAUCUCCUACAGUCCAUACAGAACAGGCUGAUACCGGGAUGGAGCGUACACCUGGCCAACGACAAUAGACUGUUCUAUUGCAAUCACGUCACACAAACGGCGUCUUGGUUGCCGCCCGUAGAAGCGUGGCCCAAAGAUCCCGGUGCCAAGUCUUUGCCGUACGGCUGGGAACAGGCGCUCGACGGCGAUGGAAGACCUUAUUUUAUCAACCAUAUCACAAAAACCACCAGUUACGAAGAUCCCAGAAACGAUUUGGUGGAGGAGAGCCCAAAACCUAGAUUGGUUACUUUAAAAAGACAUUCCGAACUAGGAUUUGGAUUCGUAGCUGGCAGUGAAAAACCCGUUAUAGUUAGGUUCGUUACCGAGGGAGGACCUAGCGAUACUAAACUUUUACCCGGUGAUCAAAUUCUUCAGAUAAACGACGAAGAUGUUCAAAAUGGUCUUAGGGAUUACGUAAUACAACUGGUGAGGUCUUGUAACGAGACGAUCACUUUACUGGUGUGUCAGCCUCCGCUCGACAAUUCGGCCAGGAAGUCGGCUCUGUUGAGUUCGGCAAAAAAAGCCAAACUCAAAUCUAAUCCAUCUAGGGUGCGUUUUGCGGAAGGAGUUCUCGUAAACGGCUCUCCAUUAUGUCCGGUGUCUGCGUUCAGCGGAGGCGACCCGAACAUAGCCUUGUUACCUAAUGUGCUCAAAGUGUUCCUGGAAAACGGACAGACCAAAUCAUUCAAAUACGACUCCACGACCAAAGUAAAGGAUGUCGUGGCUUCGUUGCAAAACAAACUGUGCAUUAAGGCCGGCGAGCACUUUGCGUUAGUUCUCGAACAAGUCAAAAGCCUCCGCAGACAUAAACUCACGUUACUGGACCCCGAACACACUUUGGCCAGGGUCGCGUCGAGGCCAGGCUCCCAUAACCUCAGAUGUUUAUUCCGAGUGGCGUUCGUGCCCAGAGACGCUUGCGAUUUGGCUCAAAAAGAUCUGAACGCAUUUGAGUACUUGUACUUACAAUGUUGCAAUGACGUGGUUCAAGAACGCUAUGCCCCGGAACUCAAGUACGACAUAGCUCUGCGGUUAGCCGCGUUACAUAUCCACCAACAUGCUAUGGCCAACAAUAUUCCCUAUUGUAAGGUCACGGUCAAAGCUAUCGAACGGGAGUUUGGAUUAGAAAAGUUUGUGCCGGUAUCGCUCAUGGAGUCGAUGAAACGGAAGGAAUUGCGGAAGCUACUAACACAUUUGUUGAAACUCAACCAAACAAUGACGGGUACCAAUUACAAAACACUUACGGCGUUGCAGGCGAAACUUUACUACUUGACCAUAAUUUCCGAAUUGCCCAGUUACGGCGCAAAAUGUUUCUCCACCAAUGUCCGCGAUUGCAACUUGGAAACGGUGAUUCUAGUCAGCCCUAAAAUGGGAAUUAGUCAGAUCGUGGGACUGCGCAACAGUAUGCCAGUGCCUCUGGCAGAUAUUGAACAAGUAACGAUGGUAAAAGUACAAAAAGACGAUCAAAUUUCAAGUACGGUGACGUUGUAUUUACAAAACACAGUACAAAAGGAAGUCAGUUUUUGUAUGGAGGACCGCGAUACCGACGAAUUUAUACUUGUUUUAAAAGGCUAUUUUAAACUUUUGAUGACUAUGAAUUUGCCAAUCGACCGGGAAGGCGAUUUAUUACACACGGAUAGUGCACCCCAAUAUUAUUCUCAUCAUAUUGUGAAACCAUCACUUUGGAGUUAUGGCCCAUCGACCAUGAACGCCAAGGAACAAGAAAAAUUGACUAACUUUUCUUUUUGUCCAAUGUACACUCCGUUCAAACACGAAAUGCUCAAGCCCAAUGACUACGGAUCUUUGAAUAGAACAAUAUGGACUGGUAUGCAAAACGGAAAUGUAGACAACAACAUGAAUACAAUGUCUUUGAAAAAACAUCAAAACGGUCAUUUAGGGUACAAAUCGAACGGCGAUAUAAAAGAUAAAUCGGGAAUCGACGUUCAAAGCGUAGUUUCCAUGGAAAUAUUGGAAAGCGACAAUACCUUUGUAGACACCCAUAACGAAGAGGUGCUGAGGAGAGUGGCCGAGAUGCAAGAGUUGGUGGAAAACUCGGAACAAUAUCUGAACAGACAUCAGCGCGAAUCCAGCGACUCGGACGGUUCUCACAUAUCGUCCGACGGUUCGGUGUCGUUGCCGCCGCCUCCGACCAACCUGGGACAGCUGAAACACAGCGAUUCGCUACUGUUAUUAGCUCAAAAGGGCACCGAGGACAGCAUAACCGCCGCAGUCCAAGCAUUGAACUUAGGAGAUCUAGAGAGCGACACGGAGUCCAUCAACACGCCGUCGACCAGCCCUUCGCACCGCGAGCGGAAUUCCAACAGAGACUCUGACAUGAGUUUCGGGCUGCACAGUCCGGAAGGGCUGGCUGCGAGUUCGGGACACGAAGCCCUACAGGAACUGUGGAAAAACCUGCAAGAGGACAACCGGUCGUUACCCAGGAGCAGUUUGUACUUGGAACCGGACUUGAUAGACUUGACGUUGAUACCGCCACCCAUUGAAGAGGCGAAGAUCAACCAGACGAACGGUUCCAACUCCGGCAGUCAGUGCAGUCUGCCGCCGACGCUGUUCGCGGACUACGACCACCAGCAAAACUCGGAUCGAUUUUUAGAUUCUGUACUGGAUAACGGGUUCAAAAACCACACGAAUCUCAUGAGCCUGGACCUAGAGUCGUUCUUGGCCACGAUGACCAUACCGCCACCGCCGUUGCUACAGACUUCCGGUGACGGGCGGCCGGAAGAGAAGCGAUCCAACGCGGUGUUAACGUCCGAAGAGAUAUCGUCGUUCAUAAUACCACCGCCCCCUCCCAAAGCGGUGCAGGUGCCGCCAUCGGUGUCGAUGUCGACGGCCGCAGCAGACGGCGUCGCCGAACACCCGAACCCGCACCAACACCGGCGGUCGGACUCCGGUGACGAGACGGACGACCGCCGCCGCCGGAGCGUCAGCCAGACGAGGGCCCCUGCCGCCGGGACGUCAGCCAGCGCGGCCACCACGCCGGACGGACAGUGCGCGGCCACCAGCGAAAAGACGCUGCCCGGUUUCUCGUGCUGUUCAAGGCCCAGACAGCGGAGCCCGGACUCACAGCCACCGUGCUUGCCCACCCGGGCUCAGAACAUGACGCUACCCCGCGUCAAGCCCAAGGUCCCGCCCAGGGUGGACUCGACGCUGUCGACGAAACCGCCGCUGCCGCCGAUGCCGUCGCAGGAAACGCUGAUGCGGAACGGUUGCUAUUCGACCAACAGGGACGCGGUGGCUGUCAUCAACGAACUGACGGGCAGACUGAACGAGUUCGGCGAACAGUGUAACACGGCCCAAGCUCAAGGCGGUGGAACGCAUCUGGACGAGACCAAGUUCCAGGAAGCCAAGGACAUACUGUGCCAAGAAGCCAGGCAGCUGGUGACGUCCUCGAAGAUCCUGAUCCGGUGCUACAUGAACCCGAAGAGCGCCGAGUUCCAGGCGAACCUGUCGCAGUGCGUCACGCAACUGCGCCGGAUGACCGUGCUCAGCGGCAACAUGACCAGGCACACGUCGUCGCCGCUGCAGACCCGCAACCUCAUACUCAAGGUGGCCGACGUGCUGCGCACGUUCCACGGCCUGCUCGUGGACACGGACGUGUGCACGGAAACGCUCACCAGGCACGCCGAGGGCCUGGCCAACGUGCUGGCGAAACUUUUGCGCAGCCUCCGGGUGUUCUCGCCAUGA